CCUGAAUUCUGGGAUGCUGCUUUGACCUUCAGCAGUAACAUCCAAGUCCUAUGUUAGUAUUUCGAAUUUUAAAGUCACCAGUUCAAACAAGAAGAGCAAUGGAUGAUUGAGGAAGAAAUGUAAAGGGGGUGUUCUCCAGUGAUCAGAGGAUUAGAAUUAGAAAAAUGAAAGAGAAUUUUGAAGGAAGUCAAGGAAAUUGUCAAGAAUGGGGUUGUGAUACCUUUCUGAAAAGAAAUGUGAUGAACACAAAGAUCUUGGAUAUGCAUCAUCAUAACUAGAUCUGUAGGAUAAAAUCCCAGAGGUGGGAUUGCUCAGUCAAAGGAUAAAUGCGAAUGGAAUUUUGAAAGAUGCUGCCAAAUUGCCUUCCAAAUAGUUUGUACCAAUCGGCAGUCCCUCUAACAAGGUUCCUGGUUUCCUCCGCUUUGUCCUCCCUGACUAGAUUUGGGUCUCAGAAGCUCAGGUCCCCUCUGCACUGAGGAACCCACAAACCAAACUCAUGCCCGAAAAGCCAAAACGGCGACCCAGGAUGCCUGCGCACUCCUUGGGCGCAGUGACACUCCCAGAAGUCUCCGGGGUGUGACCAAGCGCAGGCUGUGAAGAAUCAAGACGAAUUUCAAACGACCCAUCCACCGCUUUUCCUGCUCCCCAACUACAUUUCCCAGAAGGCUCGCCUGUGCAAAUUAUCUCCCUUUGCGGACUAGUUCUUUUCUUCCAGAGCCUGUUCAACUCCAGGGGAUAGUAGGGCGGGUCCGGAAAGUCCAUUUUCAAACGCUUCAGAGUGAGCUUCUUUGGGAGUCACGGCCCGAGGCUGAGCCAGGCUCCGUGAGGCCUCCGAUGCGCGGUUUGAUGACGGAAUGCAAUCCUUUCGGCUGGGUCGCAGCUGAGCUCUGACAGGAAUCCGGACGGCCGGCGGUCAUCUUGCUCACCACUGGGACGUCUCUGACUACACUUCCCAGAGGACUUAUCGGCAAGAACGUUAUUCUCGCUUGAAUUCAGCCUCAUAGUCACGCGCUGGCGGGACCCUCAGGUCUGCACGGGUGACUGUUCCAGUCCUGUGGAAGGUUGUGCUGCUUUGGAAGCUUGGAAGACCUGAAGGGCGGAACCAGAGGAGAGGGCGGGACAGGAGCCUCGGCUUUGUACCGCUGAGGGGCUCUGCCUUUUUCCAGAAGAGGAACCCAGAGGAAGACUGGUCCUUUUCUGCAAAUAUCAAAGCCAUGGCUCAGGAGUCAGUGAUGUUCAGUGAUGUGUCCAUAGACUUCUCUCAGGAGGAGUGGGAGUACCUGAAUGAUGAUCAGAGAGAUUUAUACAGAGAGGUGAUGUUGGAGAAUUACAGCAACCUGGUUUCAAUGGGACAUUCUAUUUCUAAACCAGAUGUGAUCUCCUUCUUGGAGCAAGGGAAGGAACCCUGGUUGGUUGACAGAGAACUAACAAGAGACCAGUGGCCAGUCCUGGAGUCAAGAUGUGAGACCAAGAAAUUAUUUCUGAAGAAGGAAAUUUAUGAAAUAGAGUCAGCCCAGUGGGAGAUAAUGGAAAGACUUACAAGACAUGACCUUCAGUGCUCUAGUUUCAGAGAUGAUUGGGAAUGUAAUGGCCAGUUUGAGAAACAACAUGGCUCUCAGGAGGGACAUUUCAGUCAACUGAUAUUCACCCAUGAAGGCAUGCCCACUUUUAGUCAACAUCCAUCCUUUACAUUACAGCAAAUCAUUAGUAAUAAAGAGAAAUACUGUGCAACUAAGGAAUAUAGGAAAUCCUUUAGACAUGACUCACAGCUUACCACCCAUCAGAUAAUUCAUACUGUUGAGAAACCCUAUGAAUGUAAGGAAUGUGGAAAGGCCUUUAGACAUCCCUCAAGACUCAGUCAUCAUCAGAAAAUUCAUACUGGCAAGAAACCCUUUGAAUGUAAGGAAUGUGGAAAAACCUUUAUUUGUGGCUCAGACCUUACUCGACAUCACCGAAUUCACACUGGUGAGAAACCCUAUGAAUGUAAGGAAUGUGGAAAGGCCUUUAGUAGUGGCUCCAACUUCACUCGACAUCAGAGAAUUCACACUGGUGAAAAGCCCUAUGAAUGUAAAGAAUGUGGGAAGGCCUUUAGUAGUGGCUCAAACUUUACUCAACAUCAGAGAAUUCAUACAGGGGAGAAACCCUAUGAAUGUAAGGAAUGUGGCAAUGCCUUUAGUCAGAGCUCACAACUUAUUAAACAUCAGAGAAUCCACACAGGUGAGAAACCCUAUGAAUGUAAGGAAUGUGAAAAGGCUUUUCGUUCUGGUUCAGACCUUACUCGACAUCAGAGAAUUCAUACUGGUGAGAAGCCCUAUGAAUGUAAGAUAUGUGGGAAAGCCUAUUCUCAGAGUUCACAACUUAUUAGUCAUCAUAGAAUUCAUACUAGUGAGAAACCCUAUGAAUAUAGGGAAUGUGGGAAGACCUUUAAUUAUGACUCACAGCUGAUUCAACAUCAAAAUUUAAUUCAUACUGGUGAGAAACCUUACGAAUGUAAGGAGUGUGGGAUGGCCUUUAGACAGACGGCACAUCUUACUCGACAUCAGAGACUUCAUUCUGGUGAAAAACUCUAUGAAUGUAAGGAAUGUGGAGAAUCUUUCAUAUGUGGCCCAGACCUUAGAGUACAUCAAAAAAUUCAUAUUGGUGAGAAACCCUAUGAAUGUAAAGAAUGUGGGAAAGCCUUCAGAGUUCGUGGACAACUUACUCUACAUCAGAGGAUUCAUACUGGUGAGAAACCCUAUGUAUGUACAGAAUGUGGGAAGGCCUUUAGACAGUAUGCACACCUUACUCGACAUCAGAAGCUUAAUAUUGCUGACAAACUCUAUGAAUGUAAAGAAUGUGGGAAGGCCUUUUUGUGUGGCUCUGGCCUUAGGGUACAUCACAAACUUCAUACAGGUGAGAAACCCUAUGAAUGUAAAGAAUGUGGGAAGGCCUUUAGAGUACGACAGCAACUGACACUCCACCAGAGAAUUCAUACUGGUGAGAAACCCUAUGAAUGUAAGGAAUGUGGAAAGACUUUUAGUCGUGGUUAUCAUCUUAUUCUACAUCACAGAAUUCAUACUGGUGAGAAACCUUAUGAAUGUAAGGAAUGCUGGAAGGCCUUUAGUCGUUACUCACAACUUAUUUCACACCAGAGUAUUCAUAUUGGUGUUAAACCCUAUGACUGUAAGGAAUGUGGUAAGGCCUUUAGACUACUCUCACAACUUACACAACAUCAGAGUAUUCAUAUUGGUGAGAAACCGUAUAAAUGUAAGGAAUGCGGGAAGGCCUUUAGAUUGCGCCAAAAACUUACUCUACAUCAGAGCAUUCAUACUGGUGAAAAACCCUUUGAAUGUAAGGAAUGUAGGAAGGCCUUUAGGCUUAAUUCAUCUCUUAUUCAGCAUCUGAGAAUUCAUUCUGGUGAGAAACCCUAUGAAUGUAAGGAAUGUAAGAAGGCCUUUAGACAACAUUCACACCUUACCCAUCAUCUGAAAAUUCAUAAUUAUCAGAGAAUUCAUAAUGGAGAAAAGUUAUAUGAAUGUAAGGAAUGUAGGAAGACCUUUAUUCGUCGCUCAACACUUAGUCAACACCUGAGAAUUCAUACUGGUGAAAAACCUUACAAAUGUAAAGAAUGUGGGCAGGCCUUUAGACAGCGUGCACACCUUAUUAGACAUCACAAACUUCAUACUGGUGAGAAACCCUAUGAAUGUAAGGAAUGUGGGAAGGCCUUUACAGUCCUCCAAGAACUUACUCAACAUCAGAGACUUCAUACUGGUGAAAAGCCCUAUGAAUGUAAGGAAUGUGGGAAGGCCUUUAGAGUACAUCAGCAGCUUGCUCGACAUCAGAGAAUUCACACUGGUGAGAAGCCCUAUGAAUGUAAGGCAUGUGGGAAGACUUUUAGGCAGUGUACACACCUUACUCGACAUCAGAGACUUCAUACUUCUGAGAAGCUCUAUGAAUGUAAGGAAUGUGGGAAGGCCUUCGUAUGUGGUCCAGACCUUAGAAUACAUCAGAAAAUUCAUUUUGGGGAGAAGCCCUAUGAAUGUAAGGAAUGUGGAAAGGCUUUUAGAAUAUGCCAACAGCUUACUGUCCAUCAGAGUAUUCAUACUGGUGAGAAACCCUAUGAAUGUAAAGAGUGUGGGAAGACUUUUAGAUUAAGGCAACAACUUGUUCGCCAUCAGAGAAUUCAUACUCGUGAGAAACCCUAUGAAUGUAUGGAAUGUUGGAAGACCUUUAGUAGUUACUCACAACUUAUUUCCCAUCAGAGCAUUCAUAUUGGUGAGAGACCUUAUGAAUGUGAAGAAUGUGGGAAGGCCUUUAGACUACUCUCACAACUUACUCAACAUCAGAGUAUUCAUACUGGUGAGAAACCUUAUGAAUGUAAGGAAUGUAGAAAGCCUUUUAGAUUGCUCUCACAACUUACUCAACAUCAGAGUAUUCAUACUGGAGAGAAACCUUAUGAAUGUAAGGAAUGUGGUAAAGCUUUUAGACUUUAUUCUUUUCUUACUCAACACCAGAGAAUUCAUACUGGUGAGAAACCCUACAAAUGUAAGGAAUGUAAGAAGGCCUUUAGACAACAUUCACACCUUACUCAGCAUCAGAAAAUUCAUAAUGGAAUUUAAUACAAGAAGGCUUUCAAAUGUACAUGUUACAGAACAUCAGAAAAUUCAUUUUUGAGAAAAUUUGUUUCAUGCUCAUAACUAAGCAUUAAGAAGUUUAUAUUUCAGAAAAAAUUGUUGCUUUAAAACCUUCCACCACCAUUCAGACAUUGUAUAUCUUCAGCAAAUUUAUAUGAGGAAAUAAUAUAAUGAAUGCAGGAAAAUCUUUAGCCUUAUCUAUCAUUAUCACCAUUUCACCCCUUUAUUACCAGUGUGUUAUUAGAUAAGGUACUUAAAUUUCUGUGCCUCAUUUUGCUCACUUGUAAAAUGGUGAUAGUAGUACCUAUGUAUAUUAGUUAUUUAUUGCUGUGUAAUAAAUUACCACAAACUUAGUAGCUUAAAAUAAUACACAUUAUCUCAGUUUCUGUGGGUCAGGAGUCUAGGCAUAACUUAGUUGGGUUCUCUGCUUCAGGGCCUCUCACAAGGCUAAAAUCAAGAUUUCAACCAUGGCUGAGUCUCAUUGGAAGGCUCAACUGGGGAAGGGAUGCACUUCCAACCUCAUGUGGUUGUUGACUGAAUUAAUUCACUGAGGGCUGUUGCGCUGAGGUCCUCAGUUUCUAGCUGGCUGUUGGCUAAAUGCUGACUUCAAUUCCUUGCUACAUGGGCCUCUUCAAGGUGGCUGCUUACUUCAUCAGAGUGUGCAAGCCAAGGAAGCAAGAGGCUGCUAGCAUCAAAGAAGCUAUCGUCUUGUGUAAUCUAAUCAUUGAAAUGACAUUAUUUCAUCACCUUUUCUAUCUUCUUUUGGUUAGAAGCAAGGAACUAGGCCACCCUACACUCAAGGGAACAGGUCUACACAAGAGUAUGAAUGCCAGGAGGAAGGGACCACUAGGGCCAAUUCAGAGUCAGCCUGCUACAUCAUGUAAUAGAAUUGUUGUGAGGAGUGAGUAGUUAAUACUUGGAAAAAUAGCAGCCACAUAGCAUGUUUUCUGUAAAUAUUACCUAUAGUUGUUAUUAACAUCAUUAGUAUUAGUGAAUUCAUAUGAGAGGAAUAUCCUAUAGAAGUAAUAAAUGUAGAAAUGCCUCCUGUCACUGCUCAGCACUUACUAAACUUAAGAUAAUUUAUUCUGGAUAAAAUCUAGGAGGUUAUACUGAAUGUGAGAAGUUCUUCAUCACUUGAGCUGCAUCCGAAAUUUCAUGCUGAAAAGAAACCUUAUGAAUUUUAUGAAUAUGAGGUUGUUAAGAGUAUAACUAUUGGAAGAAUCAAAGAGAAAUACAAAAUUAUUUUCCCAUAAUAAAUUCCAAAGAGUAAAUGUUUUAUAAUCUCUCAUCUCUGACCACCAUUCAAUUAAUUAGAAAUUAUCAAAAAGGUGGCAUAAAGGAACUAACCACUUGGAAAUUUAAUUGUGUGUUUGUGUGUGUGUGUGUGUGUGUGUGUGUGUGUGUGUAUGAUACUCUUGUAUAAAAGAAAGAAAACAUUCCAUUACAGUCAAUAUACUUUUUGAUGCUCAAAUUGCCCCAUCUUCAGCCAGUGGGAGUUGGGUCUUUUCACAUGAUCCCAAUAGCAGUCUGAUAAUUUGCUCAGUUAUGGCUGCUAUGGGAAAUGCUUGGGUACCAACUCAUUAUUCUGAAAACCAAUAAAUAAAUGGAAAAAUAAGUAUUUAUUUUGCUUUUCCCAUGUGAAUCAAGUUUCAGAGUCACCCAAAACUCAUCAAAUUAAUUUUUUUUUAAUUUAAGAAAUCUCACCAGUAAAUACAGAAAAAUUGAUAGGAUUAGAAAAAUUUUCUAGUUCCUAAUGGAAUAAUGGGUCCAGAAAAUGAUCUUCAGUGGAUAUUAAAACUAUUUGGGAAAAAGUUUAUAGUGAGAACGUUACAUUGGAUUUAUCAAGCUGACCACCUCUGAGCCCUUUAUUCAAUUUUAACGUCUAUAAAGGUGGGACUAUCAGACAAUAGGCACCUCCUGAUACAAUGCAAUUAGGAAGUACAUACCACUACCUAUGAAGUCUUAUUGCCAGAAUAAUGAACUGAAGGAAUCAAACCUUUAAAUCAAAAAUUUUAAAGCCAAGAAUUUGGGGAAUAGAUGAAAAAGUAAAUGGCACCGCAAGGAAGCAGCCAAGCAGAUCCAGAAUGUGUAAAAUUCUACAAAACAAAUGACCUGAUUUCUUCAACUAAUGAGUGGCAUGAAAAAGAAAAGAAGGGCACUGUUAACAGAUUAAAAAAGACGAGGCAUAUCAACUAAAUUCAAUAUGUGGGUAUUAUUUGGACCCAGAUUGAACAAAAUGUAAAACAACAUUUUGGAGACUGGGGGAAAUGUGGACAUGCACUGAGUAUUAAAUGAUUUUUAGAAAUAUUAGAUUUGUUUGUUAGGGAUGAUAAUGUCAAUGUGGUUAUUAAAAUAUAGAACAUCCUAUGUGUUAGAGAUACAUAUAUAUGAAAUAAGAUACCCAGAUUUGCAUUAAAAUAACUCCAGCAAAAGAAAAAGAAAGCAAAUUGGCAAAGAGCUAGAAAGUAGAUUAGCAAAAUGUUGAUAAUUACUGAAGUAGAGUAGCUGUUUAUGGAGGGUUCAUUGUUUUAACAUUUUUACCUUUUUAUGUAUUUGAAGUAAUAUUUAAAAUCAAAGCUGAAAUUAUACACUACUUAAGAAAUGAUUGUUAAUGAGAUGCCUGCAUAUCUAAAUUUGUCAGAUGUAACCAAAGUUCUAUUCAGUGAGAAAUGUGUGCCCCCGAAUGCAUUAAGGAAACUUCGUUUGUGGGCCCAGUCUUCAUCUUCUUCACUUACCUGCAGCAAUCAGUGCUGGGCCUGUCAUGUAGAUAAAUGUAUUAAAGGAAUGAAUAAGCAUUUAUGUCAAGAAACAAGAAACAGAACAAAGUCAAACCAACACAAGAGAAGCAAAGUACAAUUGAAAGUAGAAAUUAAGAGAUUAGACACUAGUAGACUUCCAAUGUUAACGACUGUAUCUUGGCAGGUCUAAUCAAGGAAAAGAAAAUGAAAUAUAAACAUUCAGCAUUAUGAUAAAAGUGAUUACAGAUUAUCAAUAAGUUUUCCUUUUAAUUAUAAGGUAACACUGUAUGUACUAUAUGUAUUCCAAUAUAUGUAAAAAUACAGAUGGAUUACAUUUUCUUCUCCAUAAGUAUGUUAUCACAAUUGACUGUGCUCUAGAACCCACAGACCAACAAAUAAAUGUGUGUGUGUACGAAGUUCCUGUUUAAGGAAAAAAUCUGAUAGUUGUGUAGGUAAAAACCUUAAGAAUAGAUAAUCCUUAACAAGAUUUUACUAAUUAAUUUUACACAGGUGAAAUAAUCUGAUACAAAACUAGAUAAAGAUAAAGAGCAAAAUCUAGACCAACUUCACUUAUGAAAAUUCUAUUCUUCAUAAUUCUAAAUAGUUAUAUUUAGAAUUUCUUACAAAAUCAGUCUUCACUAAUAGGCCAGUGUUUUGCCUUUCCCAAGUACAAAGUAGCUCCAGAAGACCAGUGUUUAACCAACAUUCUCCACAAGUUUGCUUCAGGGAAUACUAGUCCUUGAUGAUAUUUUAAAAAAUAUAUCUGGGGGAAAAAUGUAAAUGAAACAAAAGAUAAAGUAUCUACUUCUGGGGGAAAUCCAAGUACACAUUAUCAGCUUGUCGAAAGAUGUAUUAAAGAAAUUUUCAUUUAACAUAGUGUAUCUCAAAUUUACUUCAUUGUGCACUUCUCACUCCAAAUACCUUUUAACACCUUUAGAAUGUGAACCACUUUGGUAGAUGCUACCAUAACCACAAUGAAUGUCUUCAAGGAUGUCAUUUCAGACAUGGUGAGUGAUUGUGUUGGGAAGGGGUGAGGAAGGGCACUUUUCUUUUGCAGCUCACAUUAUACUCUGAAAGCAGCUUCCUGCUUGAAUGGAAGGCUAGUGAUUUUCUAUAGAAUGGAAAAGAUUCCAGCCUGGUGCUUGAUAAUGUAUGUAUUAAACAUGCUUAAAUAUUCUAUUAAACAGUGAUUAGGACAAAAUGAUUUUUCAUUGUAAUAAAAAUGCUAUAU